CCAAUGUGCUCCACCAGCGAUCAGUCCUACCCCGACCGCGGUGCCUGGCAACAAGAAAAAGACGUGAUGACGUCCACUCCAGAUUGCGUAUUAUGGGAUGUGCGGAAUUAAACAGCCCCGGAGAGGACGAAAAGGGGGAAGGCAGAAAUAAUAAAAGCGGCAGAAAUCGACGUGGUUGCAUGGUGAAUCAUGGAGCUGUCGGCUGUCGGCGAGAGCGUCUUUGCAGCCGAGUCCAUCAUCAAACGGCGGAUCAGACGGGGUCGCUGGGAAUAUCUGGUGAAAUGGAAGGGCUGGUCUCAGAAGUGAGUACAGAAAAACAGCAGAGGCAGCAGCGAAGGACAGCGCUCCAUCCUGGUCGAUCUUACAACUGCAGCGCCUGGUACAGCACCUGGGAGCCGGAGGAAAACAUCCUGGACGAGCGGCUGUUCGCCGCCUUCGAGGAGAGGGAGCGCGAAAGGGAGUUGUUCGGGCCCAAAAAGAGGGGACCCAAACCCGAGACUUUUCUCCUGAAGGCCAAAGCCAAAGCUAAAGAGAAGACGUAUGAGUUCAGAAGAGAGGCUCCCAGAGGAAUCCAGGUUUCCUAUCCCAUCCCGGAGCACGUCGUCACGCCGAGGGCCCGUGAGGGUUUACGGGCAGUGGUUCCCACCAUCUUCCCUCCGAGUGCGAUCAACAGAGGGGAAAGCGUCCCGAUUCGACCCCCAGAGCCGGAGAGGAGGCCCAGACCGGUUCCGCUGGAAGCUCUCCUGGACCAGGAGUCCAGGGGGUCCCCCAAAAAACGAGGUCGCAAGCCGAAGCUACACCCGCAUUAUGAUCCGCAUGACGCCAGCGGCUCCUCAGAGCCAGCCCCGAAGCGGAGCAGGUCACUGGAGGAGCAGUCCAUCAUGUCUCGACGCCUGCAUCAUCACGGAGAGACGUCGGAUCACAGCCUCCUACAGCUGACCAAGAGGUUUCAGGAGGAGACCACGAUCACGCCGAAAUCCAACAGCGAGCAGAAACACGCAGGGCUGUCGUACACAUGCGCCUUCAGUCCAGGCGAGCGUAAAAGGGAUCCAGAGGGACACAGGACUUACAGUUUGAGCAGGCUGGAUUUUCCUCAGCACGGGAAGCUGAAGCGCUCCGCAGAGGAGCGGGGGCACCAAGCCGCUGUGCUGUCCUCACAGGCCGACCCGACCGUGCCCUCAGCCCCAACCUGGACCCCCUGUUACACCAACUGGGACACUGUGACGGUGACGGAUGUCACCAUGAACCUGUUGACUGUGACCAUCAGAGAGAGCAGCACCGCUAAAGGCUUUUUCAGAGAUUAAAGAUGAGUAUUUUCAUGUUGUAGUUCACCGUGGAAUAUUAACGCGCAACUAACCAACAAACAGGCCUACUGUAAGACUAUAUCUUUUCUAUGUAACUUUCAAACGUGUACAUACAGAUAUUUAAUACGCUGCUGGAGAAAAUAAAAAGAAACAUGAAUUAUACAACGAA